AUGGCUGAGUGGACGCAGGAGCAGUGGACGAAUGCUGGGUGGGAUGCUCACAUCGAGGAGUAUUGGAUCUGGUACACGGCGCCUCUCGAAACGACGUUGAAGUUGAAUAGACCAGACGGCAGUGUUCAUGAGGUUAGCUUGAUCGAGGACAUGCUUGAAGAAGACUCAACCACGAGCUAUCCCAACCGCAUUCCAGCUUACCACGCGAUGAGUGGCAGUGGUAGCAUUAGUGCGGAAUAUGUCUAUGUGGGUCGCGGCCAACGAGCCGACUUCGAAGCCCUCAAGGAUCAAGGUAUCGAGCUGGAGGGGAAGAUUGCCCUCUCAAUGUAUGGCGCAAUUUACAGAGGCACCAAAGUCAAGAAUGCACAGGACAAUGGAAUGAUUGGCGCUGUUUUGUUCACCGAUCCCCUGGAUGACGGCGAGAUCACUGUCGCAAAUGGUUAUGCGGCCUAUCCAGAUGGACCUGCCCGAAACCCGUCCAUGAUCCAAAGAGGCAGCGUUCGAUUCUCAUCGCUUUAUUCGGGGGAUCCUUCGACUGUCGGCUACGCCUCGGAGAAAGACGGUCCACGAAACGAUGUCACUCCCUACAACCCAUCCAUUCCAUCGGUCCCCAUCAGCAUGAAAGAUGCCGCCCCCCUUCUCGCAGCUCUCGAUGGAAAUGGCUUGUCUGCCGAACAGGUCAACCGAAGCAGCUGGGUCGGUGCUUUGCCAGACAUCACUUACAGCAGUGGGCCGACGACUGGCGCGACUUUGGACAUGGUUCACUUCAUGAACCAGACCGUUGCACCCACCUGGGAUGUGAUUGGUGUCAUUAACGGAACCAAAGAAGACGAGGUCCUGAUCAUCGGCAACCAUCGUGACGCAUGGGUCAUCGGAGGCGCGGCCGACCCGAAUUCGGGAUCGGCUGUUCUGAUCGAGCUCGCGAAGGCUUUUGGGAAACUCGUUGAUAACGGGUGGAAGCCUCGACGGACGAUAAUCCUAGGAUCUUGGGAUGCCGAGGAGUUUGGACUUCAGGGCUCGACUGAAUGGGUUGAGACUCAUUUGCCCUGGCUCGUCACAAAUGCUGUGGCUUAUCUGAACCUGGACGUUGCGGUAUCUGGGCCGCGGACAGCUCUGUCUGGGUCUGGGGAGAUUCAAACCUUGGCAAUCGACAUGAUGAAGAAGGUUCUCUUCCCUGAGGAUUGGGAUGUUGGCCCCACGUUGUAUGACAUGUGGUUCAACACUACCGAGGACAUUGGCUCAGAUGGAGGCAAGACUGACCCAGUGUAUCACUACCAUGGGCACUACGACUCCUAUGCCUGGAUGGCCAAGUUUGGAGAUCCCGGCUUUAAGAUCCACCGAGUCAUGGGACAAUGGCUCACUCUCAUUGCUUACCACAUUGCCGACGAUGUGAUUAUCCCUUGGGAUCUUCCAAACGCAGGGAGGGUUCUCCGCACCUACUACGAGGACCUCAACGAGACCAUCGCUGAGACCUACCCCGACCUAGACCUGGACCUGUCUCCUAUCGACGAUGCGAUCGUGGAGUUUGAGACAGCAGCGGAGCGGAUCGCUACAGUCGCCAAGCAAGCACUGGCCUUCAACGACACCGUCCUCAUCGACGUGGUGAACAGCAAGUACCGCGACUUCUCCCGCGGGUUCGCAAGCGCAGGAGGACUCCCCGGGCGGCCGACAUUCCACAACGUGGUCAGCGCGCCGGGCCUGGACAACGGCUAUGGUGCUGACGUUUUCCCUGCCGUUCAAGACAGUCUCAGUUCCGAGAACGAAGAGCAGGCACGUGAGUGGGUUGAGAAGAGUGCAUCGGCAGUGUCCCGCGCAGCAGAGAUCUUGCAUAUCUAG